AUGUUCGUGGAGAGGCGUAUGAUUCUUCAAAAGAGUCGCCGGAAAAUCCUUGCUUCUUACUUCUGCAACUGCAGCGACCGACCGAGACUCCUCCCCGGGUCACGGUUGGAAGGAGAUGAAGAAAUCGUUUAUCUCCACCGCAACCCCUCACGACAAGUGAUGACUUGCGACGGUUUGGUCUGCCUCCCCGACCAAGAUUGUGUCAGCGUUUUAAACCCAUCCACCGGACAACUCGUGCGAUUACCUUACGGAGCAGGGUCGGAUUUCAUUCUGGAAAAAUGGGUCAUGGGAUUUGGUAGAGACAAAGUUACUGGUAGUUAUAAAGUAGUGAAGAUGUGUGUUGCACCUAUGAAUGGAGAAUGUGAUCUUCUUGAUGAAGAAACUGAAGCUACCUCCUUAUGUGGUCAGUGCUCUAUUUCACUCGGUGUGUGUGAAUGGGUCGAUUUACUGGCUUGUCUUGAGGUUGUUAAACGCUAUCCCGGAUUUCCUUGGAUCUUCAGAAAGAAGAGUUCCGUGACGUCUCAGUUCCGGCUAUGUUGGUCACCCGGGAUACUCAGCUAG